AUGCCAGCACACGGGAAACGAAAAUCAUCCCUGGAUCGAAAGAGCCCCGCUGCCAAACGAUCACAAACAACUCGAAAUACAUCAGAAAAUGCAAGUCGUCGUACACUGGAACCAGCCCCAACAUCUGCUCCACCAGCAUAUUCGUACAAUGAGGACAGCUUCGUUCAUUCCACAGUUAUAGGUCCCAUGAACAUUCAGUGCAGACAUUGCAAAGCCGUAAAAUUCAAAGGAGAGACACCAGGAUUCUGUUGCAAUAAUGGCAAGCUAAAAUUGCCUGAACAUCCAACUCCUCCCCCAUACUUGAACUCGCUCAUAUCCAAUGCAAAUGCAGAUUCAACGCAUUUCCUACAAAACAUCCGUUCAUACAACUCUGCCUUUCAAAUGACGUCCUUCGGAUGCAACCGAUUUCUCCUUCCAGGUUGGAAUCCAACCUAUACUAUCCAAGGUCAAGUAUGCCAUCGCAUCGGUGAUUUGUACCCAGAUGCCACUGCACAGCCACAGUUCCUCCAAAUAUACUUCGUCCAAAACCUAUCACACGAACUCAAACACCGUCAGAGCAUUACUGGCAAUGGAAACUUAAGAACUCACCUCAUCAAUGGGCUCAAUUCACUCCUACAUGCACAGAAUAAAUACAUCCGACAGUUGAAAAGUGCAGUUGAAUACCUCUCUCUCCAGGAGUCACAAGACCUACGAGUUGUAAUUCAUGAAGACAAAACACCUCAGAAGGAACAUCCACGUCGAUACAAUGCACCAUCCGGGGACGAUGUCGGUAUCCUAAUGCCUAAUGAACCUACAGCCACAAGAGACAUCAUACUGCACCAACGUUCAGGACAUUUGCAGCAUAUCUCAGAACUACACAGAGCGUAUGAUGCGCUACAAUACCCAAUUCUAUUCCCUUACGGCACAGACGGCUACAGCAUCUAUUUAAAAUCUGAAACAAACAAGAAAGUGACUCAAAUGCAAUACUAUGCAUACCAUCUCCAGUGCCGGCCAAAUAACUACAUCAUUCAUUGUAGACACCUCUUCCAACAAUUCCUGGUAGAUGUGUAUUGCAAAAUUGAAACUGAACGCUUACUAUACCUCCGCCGAGAACAACGAUCACUUCGAGCUGAUUCCUAUCACAAUCUACGUGACUCCAUCUUGAGCAAUGAUGCUGAUCCACGCAACGUUGGUCAGCGUUUCAUACUACCAUCCUCAUAUACAGCUGGUCCACGUUACAUGCACGAGAGACAACAGGAUGCGAUCAGUUACGUCCGCCUUUUCGGCCGACCAAGCUUAUUCAUCACCACAACAACCAAUCCAAAAUGGCCUGAAAUAUUGAGCAACCUCUUCCCUCAUGAAGCCGCAACAGACCGACCAGAUGUCGUCGUCAGAGUCUUCAACCAGAAGUUGAAGGUGCUGAUGAAGUUGUUGAAACAAGGUGCCUUUGGAGAUGUACAAGCAUGGCUGUAUUCUGUAGAAUUUCAGAAACGCGGGCUGCCUCACGCACAUCUCCUUAUCUGGCUAACCCCUGCCAGUAAAAUCACGCCUGACGUCAUUGAUUCUGUCAUAUCUGCUGAAAUUCCUGAUUCCAUUCAAGACAAACAGCUGCACGAAAUUGUCAAAGCCAACAUGGUGCAUGGCCCGUGUGGGCCGUUGAACCCAAAAAGCCCAUGCAUAAAGGAAGGCAAAUGUACAAAAGACUUCCCAAAGAGCUUCAGGCAAGCAACAGAACAGGGUAAAGAUGGCUACCCAAAAUAUCGUCGACGAAUGCCUGAAGAUGGUGGCAACACUCUGACAAUUCGACGACAGCAACAAAGUCAAGCGUACGAAAUCGAAAUUGACAAUCGCUGGAUUGUACCAUUCAACCCCUGGCUGCUGAGGCAAAUGAACUGCCACACCAAUGUAGAAAUUUGCUCCUCUAUCAAGAGCAUCAAGUAUGUUCUGAAGUAUGUGAAUAAGGGUUCAGACCAGGCCAUUUUUAGUAUACAGAACAACGACAGGGAUGAAAUAAAAAAGUACCAAGAUGCCAGAUAUGUCAGCAGUAUGGAGGCAGCCCACCGCAUCUUAGGCUACCCAAUGCAUGAACACUUCCCGCCAGUCAUGCAACUCGCCAUACACCUCGAAAAUGGACAACGUGUGUACUUCGACGCCAACAAUGCCUUACAACAUGCACUAAGUGCACCACCCAAAACCACACUAACUGAGUUCUUCGUCCUUUGCAAAACUGAUCCGUUUGCAGCUACACUUCUUUAUGUUGAGACUCCACAAUACUACACUUGGAACAGCCAAAUGAAGCAGUGGAACCGCCGUAAGCGAGGUGCAGUGCAUCCACAAUACCCUGGUGUUUUCAAAAGCAAAUGCAUCGGCUGUGUAUACACUAUAAAUCCUAAGCAAAUGGAAUGCUUCUACCUCCGCAUACUUCUACACCAUGUACGUGGACCUACAUCAUACGCCACCCUUCUCACAGUCAAUGGCACAACAUAUGCUUCAUAUCGCAACGCCUGCCUAGCCCAUGGACUAAUAGAGGAUGACUUGCAUCUCCAGCGAGCAUUACAAGAAGCAUGUGAAAGCCAAAGCCCGUCACAACUUCGACAGUUAUUCACUGUCAUCCUGGUAAACUGUGAACCUGGAAACCCUCUAUCACUAUGGCAGCAAUUCCGCGACCAACUAGCUGAAGACUUCAUCCAUAAAACUGGGGACCAAGAAGACAGCCACAAUCAGUGCCUUCAGGAGAUAGAGAAACAACUACUCUCAAUGCCAGGCAGCACAACCCUGGACAAGUAUGGAUUACCCAUCCCAAGCGUCCAACACAAUGACCACACUGUUGAAUACAGACGCUACACAAAUUACCCCGUAGAAGACCAAAACCAAUAUGUGGCGCUCCAUCAACCCACAUUGACAGACGAACAACAGAACAUCUACAACAGAUUAGUCAACAAAGUAGACACUGCUGAACCAGGACUCAUCUUCCUCGAUGCGCCAGGAGGCACAGGCAAAACGUAUCUUCUGAAACUAUUGCUAGCCAAAGUACGGUCUUCUGGUCAAGUCGCAAUUGCAACAGCAUCAAGUGGCAUUGCAGCCACCCUACUUCCAGGAGGGAGGACUCUUCAUGCCAUGUUCAAAGUGCCUCUGGAUGUCCAAAACCGAGACAUGCCCACAUGGCGCAUAGAACUGUUUAUGAAGCUAUCGACCGAACGAUCAAAGACAUUACUGGGAACCAGGAACCAUUUGGAGGUAUCCCCACUAUCUUAUGUGGAGACUUCCGCCAAAUACUCCCUGUAG